CUGAAACUGACAAUUAGUCGCCGUCUUAUGCUCCUCGCCAAAAGUCGCUUCUUUCCCCGCACUCAACUCGAAAACUCAAAACUUGCACAACGGCUCCACAUCUCAAUAAAAAUAUCUAAUCCGAGAACAACGAUCGUGUGAAAUUACUGCCGCGUCAAAAAUCAUAAAUACUAAGUCUUCAAUAGAAGAGAUUUAAAAAAAAACGAAAAAAAAGUUCAAGUUUCCUGAUUUAUUGGUGUUCUUCAGAUCAUGCAAUUUGUGAAUCUAUUUAAAAGUUGGAAAUUAACGCAUCAAGAUGAAACGUAGAAAAAGCAGAAACAAAGCAACGAGCCCUGAACCCAAACGUUCCAGAACUGGAGUCAUGUCAUGGGAUUGUUAUAUAAGGGUUCCAAACUCCUGAACAUAAUUCUGGAUUCCCUGGAAGAUCAAGAGGGUGGAGCUAUGUACAUAUCGUGCGAUGUCUCAAACGGCGGUCCUGUGGAACCAGAGACGGGCUAUGUGCCCAACAAUCCCCUGUUCGGCUUGGCGCUGGACAGCCCGCAGCAAGAGUGCGCCGCUUCCUGCGUCGGCUGUUUAUCCUGCCAGGGCAGCACCGCCCUGCCCAUCUCCUCGCUCACCAGCAGCGACUUCGACUGCGGCGGCUGUUUCGAUCCCACGAUUGGAGUGGGCGUGGGCGUGGGCAUCGGUGGCGGCCACAUCCAGAUCAGCACCACACCGCCGGCGAGCAGCGGCAACGGGAGCAGCAAUCACGGCGCAGGAGGAGGCUCCUCCGGGAACCACGGCUACUGGAGCACCGACGAGAUGGCCUCCACAUUUCCCGGCCUGCCGCCGCUGGACAUUGAUCCGCUGCCCAGCCUGUUCCCCUUCUCGCCCUGCGGCGCCUCCUACAACUUCGCCGCCGGAAAUCCGCACCAGGCCUCGCUCUCCUACACGGUGCACCCCCACCAGAUGCUCAUCUCACCCAAUUCCCACAACCACGGCCAGAUGCACUCGCAGCACCAACAGCACCAGCAGCAAUCCCAAAACCAGGCAUCGCACAUUGGCAACUCGCUCCUCCAAAGCAGCGGUGGCAACAACAUCGGGAGUAAUGGUGGUCCCAGUGGAGCGGGAAACGCUGCUGCCUGCUACUAUGAAACCAGUGCUGGGACCGCUGCACCUCCUCCGUCGACGGCCAUGUAUCCCAGCAUGAGUGUGAAUGUCAGCAUGAACAUGACCAUGCACCAUGGCUAUGGGACGGGGGAUGCCAGUGGAGUGCCCAUGCAGUGCUCCCAGAUGAACUGGACGCCACCGAGCAACUCCUCCUCGGCGGCAGCAGCGGCAGCGGCGGUCAAUGUGCUAUAUCCGCCGCUCCUCAGUCCCGGUCACUAUCCCGCCUCGGCCACGUAUUCCUUUACGGCGGACUUUCGGGCUCCGGCGCCCACGGGAUUGGGUUCCUUGCCACCGCUGACGGUGGGUGAAAAGGAGUCGCCAUCGCCACCGGCCAACUCCGCCUUGGGUGGUUACUAUCCCACGGGCGUGAGCAAUCAGGGGUACACGCCGCCCCACAAGAGUCCCAGCAGUUACCAGGCUGCCGCCCUGGGCCUCAGCCUGUCCGCCUUCGAGGACGAGGAGGACAGCAACGAGGAUCUGGACGGGGACGAGGGCAGCAGUGGCGGCGAGAUGAAACCGAAUUUGUGUAGGUUGUGCGGCAAGACGUACGCCCGGCCCAGCACGCUCAAGACUCACCUGAGGACCCAUUCCGGCGAAAGACCGUACCGAUGCCCCGACUGCAACAAGAGCUUCUCGCAGGCCGCCAACCUGACGGCCCAUGUACGCACACACACCGGCCAGAAGCCGUUCCGCUGCCCCAUCUGCGACAGGCGCUUCUCGCAGAGCUCCAGCGUCACCACGCACAUGCGCACCCACUCCGGCGAGCGGCCGUACCGCUGCUCCUCCUGCAAGAAGUCCUUCUCGGACAGCAGCACCCUCACCAAGCACCUGCGAAUCCACAGCGGCGAGAAGCCCUACCAGUGCAAGCUCUGCCUGCUCAGAUUUUCGCAGUCGGGAAAUCUGAAUCGGCACAUGCGCGUCCACGGCAACAACAACAAUAACAAUGGGAGCGGCGGCAGCAAUGGUGGAACAGGAGUGGCAGGCGAAGGUGCCGGCGGGGGUGGCAGCAACAGCCUCCUCACAUGACAAAAGCCACGGAGUGCAGGCGGUUUCCAGCACUACCACCCCCCGCACACACACCAUAUGCAUCACCAGCACCACCAGCACCAUCAUCACCACCACGCCCACAUGGGAAACUACGACUACGGGAAUUACAGCAUCGGCGAUUACACUCCACCCGGAGCCACACAAAACUAUUCAGGGUAUUAUUUCUGCGCACUCAACAAGCCGCCCAAGUUCGAGCGAUUCUACUAGGACUAGGGCCUUGAAACUGAGGGAUUCAUUAGAAAGGUUACCAGUAGGUAAUAGAUACGGUCCUGGAAAAACCUAAUAAAGAAAGUAAAACUAAAUAGAAAUCUCUGGGGAUAACAAGAGAUUCCAGUACCAUCUUCAACUUGAAAGCUUCUAAAACAUAGCAUGAUAACUAUUUAGAGGAUUUUCUAUAACGAAUAUAAAUUGAUCUUUCUGCUGCAAUAGAAUUAAAUAAUUCAGUAAUUAAAAUCUUUAUUAGAGGAAAUUGGUAAUCCCAGGAAAUUUAUGUAUUAUGCUGCUUUAGAAAAAUGAUUAGGUUUCAUUUAUUUGAUAGUAUUUUAAAUUCGUAAUAUAGCAACAAAAACUGAUAAAUCUCGAAUAAGACAGAAGUUGUAACCCUUGUUAAACAUAAAAAUCUAAUACUAAAUUCCCCAGAUCCUAACCCAAAUGCAGUUAAAAAUGCUCAAAUAAACAUUUCUGUUGGAUCGCGGAGAAUCGAACAAAUGUAGGCCUAAGCGCUGCACUGUACAUAUAUAUACAUACUGUAUUUAUUAUAUUCGCAUAGCAUAAUACGUAUUGAGUCCAAGUUAGAUCAUCCAUGCUAAAAUAAGGUAGUUGAAAACACGCAUAAAUCUAUUCCAAAUUAGCCAACGAAAUAGGAUUUAAGUCGGAUAUGAAUACGAAUCAUAAGACCAACCAACACAGCAGCACCCAAAACGAGAAUAUUAAAAUUGGAAUUGUCAAGGAAUAAUUCACCUAAACCUAAAUACGAAUAUUAACAUAGUAAGUUAUACCUAGAUAUAGAUGUAAGUCAGGUGCUUUGAUUUAAGCCAAUUUUUGAGUA